CACCAAGAUAGAGAAGGAGAAGAAGGAGCACGCGAGGCAGCACGGGAUGAUCAGGACGGAAAUCAGCGGCGCAGAAAUCGCUGAGGAGAUGGAGAAGGAGAGGAGAUUCUUCCAGCUGCAGAUGUGUGAGUAUCUCCUCAAAGUCAAUGAGAUCAAAAUCAAGAAGGGAGUGGACCUGCUGCAGAACCUCAUCAAGUACUUCCACGCACAGUGCAAUUUCUUUCAGGAUGGUCUAAAAGCUGUGGACAACCUAAAACCUUCCAUAGAAAAACUGGCCACAGAUCUGCACACGAUAAAGCAGGUGCAGGACGAGGAGAGGAAACAGCUGACUCAGCUACGAGACGUCCUGAAGACAGCACUGCAGGUGGAGCAGAAAGAGGAUUCACAGGUGCGGCAGAGCACCACCUACAGCCUGCACCAGCCUCAGGGCAACAAGGAGCACGGCACGGAGCGCAGCGGCUGCCUCUACAAGAAGAGUGACGGGUUGAGGAAAGUGUGGCAGAAGAGAAAGUGCACAGCGAAGAACGGCUACCUCACCAUCUCACACGGCACAGCUAACCGGCCACCAGCUAAACUCAACCUGCUCACCUGCCAGGUCAAACACAAUCCUGAAGAGAAGAGAAGCUUCGACCUCAUAUCACACGACAGAACGUAUCACUUUCAGGCCGAGGACGACCAGGACUGUCAGAUGUGA